ACACAGUCAGACAUCACCGGAGCAUCUCCUGUACGCGCAGUCAGUCUAUCGCCUCACUAUAUACAGCAAACAUGUCGAUGAAAGCAGCCGUCGUUUCGGAGCGCGGAGGACCGGAGGGGAUGAAGAUCACAAAGAUUGCGAUUCCUACGCCGUCCGAUACACAGGUACUGGUCAAGGUGCACGCCUACGGUCCGAACCCCAUCGACGUGCUCAUCCGUGCCGGCCACUUCCCGCCGCCGCCCUUCGUCACCGGCGGCGGCAGCGUGCCGUACACCGACGGCAUGGACGGUGCCGGCACGGUCGAGAGCGUCGGAUCCAAGGUCAAACAUCUGAAGAAAGGUGAACGCGUCUUCUGGCUGUUCAGCGCUACGGGAACAUGCGCCGAAUACGCCCUAAUCGACGCCAAAUUCGUCUUCCAUCUAUCGCCGAAGUUGAGCUAUACGCAGGGAGCUGCGCUGGGCAUUCCUUUUCUGACUGCACUGCGAGUCAUCGACAUCAAGGCGCACGCAAAGAAAGGGACGACCGAAUGCUCAUCCACGGAGCUAGUGGCGCGGUGGGACUGCUGGCCGUACAAAUCGCUAAGCUGCGAGUCUGAAUGUCAUCGCUCUGCGGGUACGGCUGAAGUAUUAGAGCUGGUACGAAAGUGCGGCGCAGACCACGUCGUUAACCACAGAGACGCAGAGAGACUCGGCAGACAGAUCCUGGCUAUAACAAAAGGGGCCGGUCGUUGA